GAUGGGCGGGAGCGCGCUCACCGUGUAGACAGAGCAGCUGUGCGCGCCGGCCGGCAGCGCGCACAAUCACUUAUUCUGUGCUCUGUGAUUCUGUUGCCGCUGCUCUCCGCAGAUUCCGGUCAGUUCUAUGUCUGUUUCUGCCUAGUAGGGUUAAUUCUGGGAAGAGAUCUGAGGGUGCCUUGCCGUGACCCCCAUGUCACUCACUAGUUGUUCAAGGUGCUGUAGAACCAUUGUGGUGCCAUAUAAAGAAAGCAUUAUGUGUGGAGUUUAAAAUUCUGUCUCGCAGACGAAAAAACAAAAACCAAGAGGCCAUUAAUAUACCUGCUGGAUCCCUCUUUCCUGGACUCUGUGUGUUGCUCUGCUUAAUUAUCAGCUAGAUAUGUUGGGAAGUACGGAUACCUGGAACUGUAUGGCCUGAAUAGGACGCCACGCCAGAUGCCAACUGGCCAUGUCUCACAGGUAGUGCCUCAUCCUAGAAGAUGCCUCCUGCUGUGCUGGACCCCAUGGACAUCUGGGCAGCGGACACACAGCCAGCUCCAGAUGUUGAAGUGGAUGUCCUCCUCCCCACCGGGAUCUAUAUGCAGAUGUUGGUACCACGGGAUGCUUCCAUAUCACACAUUAAAAAGCUCGUGUGGGAUCAUGCCCGAAGUUACCCCCUUUCCCACCUGCUCCUGGAGAGCAACUCCUACAUGUUCCAGUGUGUCAACCAGACAGCUGUCCAUGAGGAACUGGAGGACGAGACUCGGCGGCUCUGUGAUGUCCGACCCUUCCUUCCUGUCCUGAAGCUAGUGACCAGGAGCUGCAACCCUGCAGAGAAGCUAGAUUCCAAAAUAGGGGUCUUAAUAGGAAAAGGUCUCCAUGAAUUUGACGCUCUCCAGGAUAAUGAAGUCAAGGAAUUUCGGAGUAAAAUGCGGAAGAUCAGUGAGGACAAGAUUCAGUCCAUGCUUAGUUUGACCUGGGUGGAAUGGCUUAAAUGCACUUUUCCUCCAGAACUAGCGCCUACCAUUCAGGAGAACAUUCAGGACAAGUUAUAUGCAGGAAACAUUGUGGUGGCUAUACACUUUGAAUGCUGCCAGGAUGUAUUUAGCUUCCAAAUAUCACCAAACCUGACCCCUCUAAAGCUGAAUGAACUGGCUAUUCGGAAGCGUUUGACUAUUCAUGGCCGUGAGAAUGAAGAUGUGGAUCCAGAAGAUUAUGUGCUGCAGGUCAGCGGGAGACUGGAAUUUGUGUUUGGAGACUACCCUUUAAUACAGUUUCAGUACAUCAGAAACUGUGUAAUAAACAAGACCCUGCCAAGGCUCACGCUGGUUGAGCGCUAUAACAUCAAGAAGAUGUUUGACCAGGAAAUGAGUGCUAUUGAGCUGUCUGUGAAGAGGAAAACAUCUGUACCCCCUUUACCGUUACCCCCCAAAACACGUGGUGCUUCUAUGAUGGCGCAGAAUGUCUGGGAUUUGAAUGAACCCUACAAGAUUACACUGAUAAAGGGAAGCAAGUUGAACACAGAGGAUACAGUAGUGGUGCGGGCUGGCUUGUUCCAUGGCACUGAAUUGUUAGCUAAACCCGUCAUGACUACGGAGAUGGCAGGUAAAAAUGACCAUCUGUGGAAUGAGACGUUUGAGUUUGAUAUCUCUGUAUGUGAUCUACCGCGGAUGUCACGACUCUGUUUGGCGAUUUAUGCUGUGCUGGACAAAACAAAGAACAAGAAGGUUAACAAACCAUCGAACGCUAAAUACCAGACCAUUAAGAAAGCUGGCAAAACACACUCCCCUGUGGCCUGGGUGAACACCAUGGUCUUUGACUACAAAGGACAGCUGAAGACAGGGGUACACGUCCUGCACAGCUGGUCAUCAUUUCCUGAUGAACUUGAAGAAAUGCUAAAUCCAAUGGGAACUGUCCGGACCAAUCCUUUUACGGAGAAUGCUACUGGUCUGCACAUCAAGUUCACAGAGUACUCCAAAGCAGGCAUUUAUUACCCUGCAUUUGAUAAGAUACUUGAAAAAGCUGCAGAGGUUGCCCGGCACAGUGACAGCCUGACCAUGUCGAGUCGUGGGGGAAAGAAGUUUAAUAUUGAGUUGAAGGAGAUCAUGGAGAGAGACCCACUGUGCCAGCUUUGUGAGAAUGAGAAGGAUCUGAUUUGGACCUUGCGGUACGACUGCCGGGAAAACUUCCCCCGCUCACUUCCUAAACUAUUACUCUCUGUCAAGUGGAAUAAGUUGGAGGAUGUUGCCCAGCUUCAGGCACUGCUGCAGAUCUGGUCCAAACUGCCCCCCAGGGAUGCUUUAGAGCUGCUCGAUUUUAACUAUCCUGACCAGUAUGUGAGAGAGUAUGCUGUCAACUGCCUGAGGAGCAUGAGUGACGAGGAACUAUCCCAGUAUUUGCUGCAACUGGUACAAGUUCUAAAGUAUGAGCCUUUCCUAGACUGUGCCCUCUCCCGUUUCCUGCUAGAGCGAGCCCUGGAUAACCGAAGAAUUGGACAGUUCCUGUUCUGGCAUCUGAGGGCGGAAGUACACAUUCCUGCUGUGUCAGUGCAGUUUGGCUUGAUGCUGGAAGCGUAUUGCCGGGGCAGUGUGGCACAUAUGAAGGUGCUCUCCAAGCAGGUGGAGGCGCUGAACAAGCUGCGCACACUAAACGGCCUGAUCAAGCUGAACGCAAUGAAACAAAGCAGGGUGAAGAAUAAGGAGACCAUGCACGCCUGCUUGAAGCAAAAUGCGUACAGGGAAGCUCUCACGGAUAUACAGUCACCUCUUAACCCCAGUGUCACCCUCUCUGAACUUGUUGUGGACAAGUGCAAAUACAUGGACUCCAAGAUGAAACCUCUGUGGAUCGUAUACAGUAAUAAAGGUUUUGGAGGGGACUAUACUGGGAUCAUCUUCAAGAAUGGGGAUGAUCUGCGCCAGGACAUGCUCGCACUCCAGCUGCUGCGUCUGAUGGACAUGCUGUGGAAGGAGUCAGGGCUGGAUCUCAGGAUAGUGCCUUACGGGUGCCUGGCAACAGGAGAUCGAUGUGGUAUGAUAGAGGUGGUAUCUUCAGCAGAGACCAUUGCUGAUAUCCAGCUCGAUUGCACCAAUCUUGCAGCAGCUGCUGCUUUCAACAAGGACGCUUUACUGAACUGGAUCAAGGAGUACAAUGCAGGAGAACACCUUGAGCAAGCAAUUGAAGAGUUCACACUAUCCUGUGCUGGCUACUGUGUAGCCACUUAUGUGCUUGGGAUCGGGGACAGGCACAAUGACAACAUAAUGGUCAGAAAGACAGGACAGCUAUUCCACAUUGAUUUUGGUCACAUUCUUGGGAAUUUUAAGUCCAAAUUUAAAAUUAAGAGGGAGCGAGGACCUUUCAUUCUCACCUAUGACUUCAUCCAUGUUAUCCAGCAAGGGAAGCCGGGGAACACAGAGAAAUUUGGCAGGUUUCGUCAGUACUGUGAGGAUGCCUACCUAAUUCUGCGCAGGAACGGGAACCUCAUCAUCACACUCUUUGCACUCAUGCUGACAGCUGGACUCCCAGAGCUUAGUUCUGUGAAAGAUAUUCAGUAUGUCAAGGACUCUCUUGCCUUGGGAAAGACAGAAGAUGAAGCACUUAAACAGUUCAGGCAGAAGUUUGAUGAGGCUCUAAAAGAGAGUUGGACAACUAAAGUAAAUUGGAUGGCACACACUGUGCGUAAGGAUUACAAGUCCUAGUGGGUCAGUGGCACAUUGACAGUCUGCUCCUUCUUUAACAAGGCCAGCCUCCAGAUUAAGUUCCUGGCUCCUGAAAGUUGCCACUGUACUGUGGAAGUUUUAACUCAGCAGGUGCAAAGGAAUCAUGAUUUCCAGAUAUGUAACAUCCACCACAGGAGACCAGUGAUCUUCCAAAGUCCAACUGGUCAGAGGACUGGAUGUGAAAGCCGUUAUGCUGAAUGCAAACACACUGAUGGUAAUCGUGAACACUGGAAUGCAGCGUGCGAGCUUCAGAUGUUUUUGACAGUACAAAAAGGGAUGUAGGAAUGGUUGAUUUGGCAAGAAUUUAAGGAGAAAAAAAACUCAUGCACCGCAGCAAGGCUCUGGCUUUGCGCACUUUCCGUUGGAUUUUCUGUUUUGAGCCCUUUGUUUGAUAACCUGUUUUGUUUUGUUUUUUUUAAAGCCUGUGGCUCAGACAUUACAAGUGAUUUGAGUACAGUCAUUUUAACAAACCGUUUUUUAUAAAAAAAAAAAAGAAAGAAAAUAUUUUUUUCUUGUCUUCCUGAGUACUCUGUAAUCUUUACAGCUCUGCACUGCCGACCGCAACCACUCAACACAUAGCCACUUUUCCUGGAGACUAACGGGGAAGGGGGGGGGGAAGGGGGAGAGAUAUGGAAGUAAAAUUUCACAAACGUUGAUAGUAACAAUUAUCAAAGUCUUCCAUUCUUAAUUUCGUUUGCACAGAUGUCUCUAGCAGCUUAUUAGGACUAUUUUACUAUUUGUCUGCUUGUUCCUAUACCAUUUUAAAUAAAUAUUAGAACAUGGAAUGGCAUGGUGGACAUAUAAAUAGUUCUACAAAUCAUGCUGUUCUACAGGUAUUCUGCAGCUUUACCUUGUCCUGCAUUUUAUAUAUAUAUAUAUAUAUAUAUAUAUAUAUAUAUAUAUAUAUAUAUAUAUAUAUAUAUAUAUAUAUAUAUAAUAAUGCAAUUCCAAUAUUGUCCACGCUCACGUUUUUGUGAUCAUUUUGCUGAGGUGACAGCCAGUGUGGAAAGAAUACUGCGGGUCAUUCCACUCCAAUAUAAAGAAAAUAAUGGGAGCACUCACCAGUCUUUAUAUUUGAAAAAUGUAUUGACCAGACCAUCAGUAAAGUUUCUCUGGUAACAUCUAGAGAGUAAACCAUCUCUGCUUACUUUACCAUAAAAUAAAACAUAGUGCAUUGAUACUUAAUGUGGCUGGUGUAUUUAGUAGUUGAAUAACAGGUGCAAUUUGUUGCAUGUUAUUUAUCAAGACAAUUUCCUGUGUUCUCUUUGCUGGUGAGGGAAAUGUAUAUUUUGAUAUAUUCUUGUAGUAUUGCCUUAGGGUUACCACACGCCUCGUAGCCUGACUUCCUGUGCAAAAAAACAAAAGUUCUAUUUUGGUUCCUUUGCAGAGUUCGCUCUCUGAGCAGGUGAGAAACUCAGAAGUUACUUGAUGUGAUUAUGCAGUGUAAGAGAUUGAUGUCCUAUCUCCUGUUGUAUGUCAAUGUCCGAAUAUUUCUAUGGAAAGACUGAGUUUGAUGUGACUGACUACCGAAGAAGAAUAUAAUUGAGAGGAGAGACUUAUUUAUUUCGAACUUUUGGCGUUUUUCUUAAGAGCUAAAAAUACUAUUUUUAUUAUGAUUUCGGAGUCGUCACAUAUUUCCUAUAUUUAUUUAAUGUUUGGAAGUUGCAGAUUUUCUGUGAUAUCCCAGCUGAAAAACAAUGUUCUGUUUUGUACACACCAUGUGUCUGGCAGCAGGUGCCGAAACGUGUUCAAACCUUGCACUGCACAGGAAAUUUCCUGACUACUGGAACUACUACGUCAAACACUGGAAAAAUAAAUGUGUAAAUAGAUUAUAUCGCUGUUUUAAUGAGAAUGUAUCUGACUGAUUUUACACUGUAAAAAGAUAGAGAUCCUUCUGAUUUAGAGCUUGAAUAAAUAUAACCUAUAUUCUAUAAAA